AUGUCCAAAAACAAAAUUUCAAAGGGGAAAAACUCAACCAACACCACUAGGAUUCACUUGAUCAAUCGAGGUAUUAUACAUAUGGUACAUAGGGACCACAGUAGUUUUACAUUGGAAAUUUAUCCACUUCCCGACUUACCAAAGACAAUCUCAUCAUCUAUGUUACAUUCUUCAAAAUGGGAGAAAGGAGGAAAAAAAAUAAUUAUGACCAACUUGCUUUUGCAUACCAGUCCAAAAUCAUGCAUCUACCUCCACGAGAUAGAUUUGGUUUUUCCAAGCAGUGAUAGAUUUGGUUUUUCCAAGCAAUGA